UCCAUCCUCUGCUGCCUUUGUUGCUGCUGUCGCUCAGGGAAGAUUGGGCCGUUACCAUGGUGAUCAGGGGCUCAGCCAGAAAGCAACACGAUGUUAGCGGCAGGCAGCACUUCAAGUGAAUGUGUCUCUGUGUGUGUGCGUGUGUGUGUGUGUGUUUGUGUGCAGUGUGUGUGUAUGUGUGCGACAGUGUUUGUUUGUUGUUGUUUUUUUGAUAGUUUGGCGCCGUCAUUAAACCACUGUAGAUGCCAUCGAGCAACGUUACACAAUGCCGGGCUUUUGUGCAUGUGUGUGUUUAUUUGUGCGUGUGUGUGUGUGUGUGUGUGAAGGGCCCGCGGUGGCGUGUGUGUUCACAGGAACCACUGGCAUGCACGGAUGACUCAUCUCGGCGGGAUUCAGAGCAACGUCAACGCAAACCUGCGAAGAAUCCACCCGCUAUUUGUGACGAGAGAGAGAGAGAGAGAGAGAGAGAGAGAGAGAGAGAGAGAGAGAGAGAGAGAGAGAACCUAAGAUAACAGCCGGAGAGAGAGGAAGUGAAAUAGAUUAUUCUGCUAAUGAAAGAGGUGGAAGAGCUUGUAAAUAAACAAGCCGAGGCCUCUUUGCAAAAUGCAUAAAAGAGCAAUUCACACACUGUCCACAACAACAACAACAACAACAACUGAGAGUGGUGAAUGCAAACAAAGUCCAUUUCAAGACGACCGCAUCAAAGGCUUGGGCUGUAAUUGCUGGAACGAGUGUAUGUGCACGUACCGAGAGAGGGAGGAAGUAGAGAGAGAAUCACCCCCCCUGCCUCGCCCCCCCCCCCCCCCCCCCCUCCUUCUAAUCAAGACGUUGCCAUGGCGACCGCACGAUUCGGACCCUGUUUGCCCCCAAUAUCCCCCGUUUGUCUGCCCCGUGAGGUGCAGGCGGUCCGAGUCCACGUGUGUCUGAUGUGGUGUGUCGAACCCGGCUAAGCGCUGGACCCGGCGUUCCAUAACCUAAAGCUCACCGUUUCAUCAUCCCCAGCCUGCACUUUGAGUUGCAGGUCGAUUAGCAUUCCUUCCCGUGGCAAAUCCUCUUAUUCCCCCGCCAGGGAAGGUAUGGUUCCAGGGAGUUUAGCGUCUUGUUUUGCCCCCCGACUUUAGACUAGAGCGGGUCGAUCAAGCAGAUUUGGAGAGCGAUUACGAUAUGCGCUGCCCCCCACCGCGUUAAUACCCGAAAACCGAAACAGAAAGAUUAUAGUAGAAAUGUGUUUUUUGCUUUUGUUGUGGCACCGUUUGAAGCCUUGUGUUGUCACACACCAAAGCUCCGAUACACAGCUCGUGGUUGAGCUAACGUUAGCCAACUCUGAAAAAAGAUUUACUUGUUUUCGAGAGAUAUUGAGGCAUUCUGUGCAAAAACGAACAUAAAAAUCAAUCUUUCCCCAUAAUGUCAGUGAAUAACCGUCUUCAUAAUCGUGUUCUCAAUCUGGACUCUUAGAUCAAGGGGCCGCCUGUUCUCGUUGGUCCCGCCCCCAGGUUGUGUGUGGAGUCACUCAGGGGUCGCGACCUUUGCUCCUGGACUCUAUUUUCUGUCCCGGUGCAACGGCGAACUUCACCUCACCGCGCCCGCUCGCCCGCUCGGAGCAGAAUGAGGAGGAUGUGUGUUGGCUGAGGCUAUCCAGUGUCUUCACAUGGCAUGUAAAUAUCGUGUUACUGGUUAUUUCUGGAUGGCUUCGCUGACUGGAAGUUAUGGGGCCUAAGCAAACUGCUGUUGAGUCUGAUGAAUCUCAGGGAUUAAACACACCCUCACACACACUCAGACACAGGGACCCUCCGGUAGAUCUGCGGUCGGCCCGUGUGUGUGUGUGUGUGUGCGUGUGGGAGACGAGAGAUUCUAAUGUUAGGAUUCCAUACAGAUGAUGAGUACGUACACUAAGCCUUGACAGCGACUGGAAAAUAUGCCCCGUAAAGGUUAGCGAUGAGCUGCAGAAGGCGGCGUUGUUGUUUACUGGUAACCAGGCUUCCUCCUGAACACCCAGAGUGUAUCUGAGCCUGGAUUGCGACACGGAAUACAAGUCAUCAAAGCCACUCUGAGAGACAAGUAUAAGAGCCUGACGAGCUCUCGCAGUUUAUGCGAUAAGCCUAGCGGCACUAAAAGUCUGCAUGCGAGAGAGAUUCUCUCCGUGUGUGUCUGGCUCAUGGGUUAAGGCGGGAGGAUAUUUGGCUGUGGAGGUCAAGGAAGACAUUGAUUCUCUUCUUUGUACUCAGCUGUUGUACUUGUCUCUUGCACCCCCUCAAGUGUGUGUGUGUGUGGUAUGUGUGUCUGUUUGCGUGUGUACACACGUGUGUGUGCGUGCGCAUUUCUGUGUGUGUGUGUGUGUGUUUGUGUGCGCGCCUGUAUCUGUGCGUGUGUCUGUGCGUGCGCGUGUGAGCCUGUGUCUGUGUCUGCGAGCAUGUGUGUCUGUGUAUGUUUUGUGUGCGUGGGCGUGGGCGUGCGAUGCAUAUGGUCCUCCAGAUGGGUGUUUGUAGCAGCACCCGGGACCUUUAGGUGUCCGGCUGCGUGGUAGAGAGGGUGAAAACAAACUAGUUCCUCUUCUCGCUCUGCACUCCCUUUGCGUUUUUUUAUCGUGAAAAGUUGUCUGAUAGCGCAGCUGUUUGUCUGACGGCCAAUGACCGAGGCCUUGAGACUAACUGAGUUAUACAGGCGGACUAAUGUAAUCAGAAUAAAUCCAUCAUGGAAAAAGUGUUUAGAUUUCAUUUCGGUGGAAAUCACUAAAACAUUUUGUUUGAUGUAUUUACUUUAAUUUCAAGUGAGGUCAUAUAAAAGAUGAGAUUUGUGUUUCCCUUCUUAACAGCUUUUACAAGUCUUUCACUGGUAUAAUGGACAUUUAUGUUCCUGCGAGAUAAAUGGCUACGAUAAAUCUUAUCAGCCAAAAUGCAUUUUACUUAAAUGCAUUAAGACUAUAAUUCAUACUCAACCCGGGGUUUUCUAACUUCCCCUUAGCCACAUUUGUACAGGCCACUGUGUGUGUGUAUGUGUAUGUGUAUGUGUAUGUGUAUGUAUGUGUGUGUGUGUGUGUGUGUGCGCGCGCGGCAAGGCUCCAGCCAUGUUGUUGUGACGCCGUUCUUUGUUGCGUUGUGUUAUUCUGAAACGCAGACAUGCCCAUCACAUGCGCUGAGCCUCGCGGCUAGAUGAUUACCGUGGCGAUUAUUGACUGCUCUAAGAUCACACUGACUCUCCCUCUGCUCCCUGCUUCCCUCCCCGCUUUCUCCCGCUCUCCUCAUUGUUCUUCUCUGUUUGGUGUUUCCAUUGUUUUGUGUUCUUCACUCUCCGUCUCUCUCACUCCCUGUCUCCCUCUAUCUUUUUAAAUCUCUCUCUCUGUCUCCAUCUCUCGCCCUCGCUCUUGGCCUCUGUCUCUCUCUCGAUCCCUCUCCCUCUCCCUCUCCCCCUCUCUCCCUCUCUCUCUCUCUCUCAGCGAUGGCGUUCCUCCGCCUGGCGUUGACGGCGUGGGCGCUGGCCGCGUCCUGGCGCCCCGCCGGCGGCCAGGACCCCGACGACCCGUCGGGCCCGUUGCCGCGGGGCUGCGGCUGGGGCCUGGGGCGGCCCUACACCCUGCUGUGCGACCUGGACGCCGUGUGGGGCGUGGCGGUGGAGUCGGCGGCGGCGGGCGGCGCCCUGGUGUCCCUCCUCCUCGCCCUGGCGCUGCUGUGCCGCCUGCGGGGCAUCGGCGAGGCCGAGAAGCGCAGCGGCGUGGGGCCCCUCCUGCUGCUGCUGCUCGGCGCGCUGGGCCUGUUCGGCCUCAGCUUCGCCUACCUCGUGGAGCGCGACGAGUCCCUGUGCGUGCUGCGCCGCGCCCUCUGGGGCCUGCUCUUCGCCGUGUGCUUCGCCUGCCUGCUGGCGCAGGGCGUGCGGCUGCGGCGGCUGGGCGGCGGCCGGCGCAGCCCCGGCGGCGGCGCCCUCACCGGCCUGGCCCUGGGCCUGAGCGCCGUGCAGGGCAUCAUCGCGGCCGAGUGGCUGCUGCUCACCGUGCUGCGGGAGGGCCGCGCCGCCUGCCAGUACCAGCCCGUGGACUUCUCGCUGGCCUGCAGCUACGUGCUGGCGCUGCUGCUGGCCGCCCUGGCCGCCGCCGCGCUGGCGCUCUGCGGCAAGGCGCGGCAGUGGCGCUGUCACGCGGCGUGGCUGCUGGUCACCUGCCUGCUGUCGCUGCUGCUGUGGGCCGCCUGGGUGGGCUUCUAUCUCUACGGCAACGCCUGGCUGGGCCGCUCCCCCGAGUGGGACGAGCCGGCACUGGCCAUCGCCCUGGUGGCCCAGGGCUGGCUGCUGCUGCUCUUCCACGCCAUCCCCGAGGCGCACCUGUGCAUGCGGCCCCCGCCCCAGCCCACCGCCCCGGACUACUUUGACACCUCGCAGACCUCCACCCGUCUGCGGGAGACCAGCUUCGACGAGGACAUCCCUCUGUCCCACCGGCAGUUCGUGGAGAACCAGGGCUACGGCUACAGCGACGAGGGCACCCCAGGGAUGCGAACGGGUGGAGGAGGAGGAGGCGGUGGCGUGGGCGGAGUCCCGGGCGUUGUGGGCGGGGUCGGCCCCGGCCUGGUCGGGGGUGGGGGAGCAGGAGGAGGAGGAGGAGGAGGAGGGGGCGGAGCCGGCAGCCACCACAACGGCAGCACGGGCGCCCGGCCCAGCGCGCCGUUCCGCAGCAACGUGUACCAGCCCACCGAGAUGACCAUGAUCCUGAACGGGGGAGCGGUGAGUACUGCACCACAGACCCAGGUCCCUUCUGCCCCUCCAACCUACACUGGGAGGCAGCUGUGGUGAGCAUGAAGCUGAACAAGUCGAGGGAGAAAGAAAGAAGCAAAAGGAGAGAGAAACGGACAGAGGAGGAGGAGGAGGAGGAGGAGGAGGAGGAGCAGGAAUGACUAGACCCUUGAGGGAUUUUCGGUUGUUACGGACUCAAUCAUGGACACCAACCAGCCCUACCCCCCCCCCCCCCCCCCCCCCCCUCACACACUGCCCGAACCCCUUUACUUUCUGUGCUUGGUCCGCAGGAUUGACAUUUGCUGUGUGUGCCGACCGCCAGUAACGCCUGAUGUGUGUGGAGUGGGUAGAGCUAGGUCACCCUGGGGUGGGCGGGGACAGAUCUGGGGUCGCAUCCUCUUGAGUGGCACCUGUAGUUCACCUAUAGCACAGCUGUAAAACACCUUUUGGCUGCUCCGCGAAAAAUAGCCAGAAAGAGAGGGUUGAAACCCUGAAACAAAUACUAAGGCCGACUUGGCUCCGAAAAAGAUUAGCCUCUUCUCCCGAGACUAUCGCACUGUAAGCACUAUCGAAAACUGUGAAAUCUUUUGCGCUCUCUCUCUCUCUCUCUCUCCCUAGCACUCUCUCUCUCUCUCUCUCUCUCUCUCUCGAUUGCUACCACAGUGUGAGUAUCCUUUCUGGAGACCCAUGACAUGCUGGCGCAUGAAUCAGAAUCAUUUGGCUCUGUCCUCCAACCACAACUCCUGCUUGGGUACGCACAGGGCACAGCUGUGUGUGUGUGUGUGUGUGUGUGUUUCUGACUGAGAGUGAGUGCUUAUUAUGUGUUCAUACCCCCUUCAUCUCUACUUUGGACAACCGUCACACUUGGACUCUGUGCUCGGUCCAAUAUGUUAUAACUGGCAAUCAUCCUCACACACACACACACACACACACACACACCCCUCUAAACCUGACACUUCUCUCAGCGUGUACAAAAACAACAAUCAAUCACCUGCCUCUCCGAUACAUCAGAGAGGCCUGCGUCGGGCCGGGGUUCUGAUUGGACGAGAGAGGUGUCAGUCAGUGGCUCUUUUGUGAAUCUAGGUCAGACUGCUGGGAGAAUAGAGGCAUGGAGCUCUCCUCUCUCCCCCUCCCCCCCCCCCCACCCACCCCACAUCUCCAGUGGCCAUUGGCUGUCUGGAGCAGCCCGGGGAGGCCGUCGCCUCGCAUCAGCCGACGAGCGCUGAAGGAACCAGGGUCGUCUGCACGGCGGGGUCGAUGGGGAGGGGGGUGUGGCAGGAAGGGGAGAUCUAAUUUGGGAGAUUGGAUGAUUCUUACAGUGUCUUUGAGGGGUGGGGGGCGAGGGAGGGCUGGGGGGGGGGGGGGGAUCACAGUCAGGGUCGGCUUUAUUUGGUGCUACAUUCAUCUCCUCCUUCGCAGCGGGACGUGGAGACAUGCUGACGGGCCGUUCACUCACGCACGCACGCACACGCACACGCACGCACACACACACACACGCACACGCUGGCCGAACUUAGAGCCGCCCAUUAAGUAUGGUUGAAGGACAUCGAGACAGAGAGAGAGAGAGAGAGAGAGAGAGAGAGAGGCAGAGGGAGAGCGAGAGGCCUGGUGACUCCUUGCGGUCUCCGUUUACCGGAGCCUGAGUGGGCUCCGGUUGUACAGGGUGAGGUGGACUGAGGGCAGAUCAGAUGUGACUGUUCUUAAAGGCGAGGAAGAGGAGAAGGACAGCUGGGAGGAGUACAGUGACCGGAGGUUAGCCUCAGUGCUUCUCCCGUGACAUUGGCAGUGUGCGUGUGUGUGUGUUGACGUUGAUCAAGAGCUGGUAAAGUGUCGUUUUUAUGUGUGUCAAGAGUGAGAGGAAGGUAGUGAAUGCCCUUACACGUGUGGGAUGAGAGUGAGUGAGUGUGCGUAUUCACAUGUAUGGUUCUGUGUGUGCGUAUGUGUGCGUGUGCGUGCGUGUGUUACUUCCUGAAGUAAAGAAGCCCCCCCCGUCUAUGUUUCUACGGGGAAAACAACAGAAAGCAGAAUUCCCUGCGCCAGCGCGUCUCCGUGCCAAGAAAGACUCUGGUUUCACUCGAGUCUCCCAUUUCCCCUCCUCCCAUCCUUCCCAGUCCACUAGCUGGGUGACAGCGUCUCCCCGCUGGGUGAACUGUGUACAGAAAGCGUGCUAUACACCUAACUGACUUUUUUUAUUUUAUUAAUGUGUACAUUAAGUUUAGUUUUCAGCGGUGACACCAACACAACACUGUACGUCCUCACUACUGCUUUCGUUGGAUUGCUUUGCAUUCAGACAUUUUGUGUCUGUUCACAUUGAAUUUUCCCUUCUCUUGUGUCUUUUUCUUUUUACUGAUUUGAAUCCAUUUUAUUUUGGGUAUGUUUUUGGAAAUGAUUGGACAUGAUUUUAAUUUUGACUGUGUUUAACCGUCAAGAAAAGAGGACUUGGGAGGUUCCGAUCUGGUUUUUAUUUUUUGAUAAAGUAUUGUUUCACCCCAGUGCAGUCCCAUGAUGACCCGUCGUGACUACAGUGUUCUGUCGACGUAACAUCUAAUGUUCUUUCUUUCUUCUAUCAACCGUGAUGCUCCACAAACUCUGUGCUGCCGGCAACGGCACAGUCUGUAAUAUAAUGAAGGGAGCGAGGAGGCCGCGAAGGUCAACGACCCUUGACCUUUGCCCUAUGCUCCUACCAGUGGACCCCACCCCCCCCCUCCGCCCCUCCGAACUGGGGGACCAGGGAGGGCAUUCAGCCUACAGUAUUGUGUCAUCGAUGGGGUCCUCCACGGGGGGGGGGGGGGGCUCUGCUUCGUACCCCAACACGAGCCCGUCCCAAGCUCUCCAUUUGGGGCCGUACAGGGUCAGAACUAGGGUCUGCGGCCCGGUCUUCUCUUGGGGGGGCCCCCAGAACGGGUCGGGGUUCGGGGAAAUGGAAACCGGACGGACAGAGAGGAGAUUUCCGUUUGACGGCCCAGAAAACACCAGAGGAAGGUUUAUCCAACAUAUUGUGAUGUUUUCACUCAAACUCGGAGUACACGAAAGAAGAAAAAUAAUACUACGAUACCGUGACUUUGUAGAUCUUUUGCACUCGUUGACUACCUAUCUGUGCAUGCCCAUUCACCACUUCUACAUGUGAAGCCCUUUUUCUCAGGCCAUGCUGUCGAAUACCGAUCCUAUUUAUGUCAAAAAGGCUUUGUGACUACAAUCAUAUCUUCAGUGUAUACGAGAUCACACCGUUCAAUAUAUAUCUAUCAAUGUGUGUGCGUCUUUUCCUGAACAUAAACAAAAAGGAAGCCAAGAUUUCAGAUUUGUUUUUAAAAAAAAGGAAAUGGAAUCAGGCGGUCGAGGGGAAUUGGGUUAUCGCCGGUCGGUUGACUCUCAUAGCCGACGACUGAAGGCAGCGGAGUGGGGGGUAGAACGACGAAGAGACAAUUUGAACUUAGGCUGUGAGUGGGAAAAAAAACAAAAAAACAAAAACAACAACAACAUACUAUGGUGAGAUUUGUGAGUUUUGCACAACAGUUCUCUUAAGUGUUACAUUCAUCGUUCCCCGGUCCUGUUGACCUCCCUAUCCUACCUGUAGGUCUGACUAGGUUAGUCCCUGCUCCCCACCCAUGGUCAGGGAUCACCCUGCCAUCAGACUGCCCUGUAUGACAGGAGGGGGGGGGGUGCUGGGUGCGGCAGCUGACGGAGGUGAUGCUAGUUUCCACAGCUGUGACAGUGAGUGCAGUGACACAGCAUGCCUAUGUAUAGAACUCGUUCCCCCCGGAUUAGACGAAGAAGAAAAAAAUGGUGAACUCACUUUGUUUCUGUAACUGAUCCAGGCAAAAAAAUGAAAAUAUAUAUAUAUGAAAACUUCAAUGAAAAAGUUCAAUAAAAUUGUCAUGUUUGUAGGUAACUUUUAA